GAUAGGACAUAUCCUCAUCACAUUGGAAAUGGAAAAACAGCACCGCAAAGGUCUAAGGACAACCUUGGUGUGACUCGCCUCCCUCACUGUGGAAACAUUACACAAGGCUGGGAUUCCACAAUCGACGGAAUUGGUAUCCUUAACCUACUAGACACUGUUACUCGAUUGGCCCACUAG